AUGCCGUUUAUUCCUCAAGAGCCUGCCGAGGCUGAGUUGCAGCCUGAGUCUGUGAAGAGAGUUGUUGUUGAUCUAGAUUCGAAGAAACCUGAGGCUCGAGAGAAAAUGAACAUGUUGCUCAAACAGUCGGAUCCGAAGAACCGACCGCGCGAGUUGUCUGACGAACCACCGCCACCCAAGACUAUAGAGGACAAGGUUGCUGCAGCGGCUGUUGUGCUGAAUCGCUAUCGUAUUGAAUACAAGAACGACUGGGAUAUACCUCAGUCAAUUAUAACUUCUAAAGAACUCAUCAAGGGAUUCAUUGACCGCAAUGAGUCGAUUGAGCUUAUUCUACCAGCAUUCCCUUUCAAGUCUUCCAACAAGUCGACAAAGGUCCUCGGUUCUCUUCCAGAUGAAGCAGAACGUGUCUCAUUGCUGCACCUAAAUGGCCUUUGCGAGUCCGUCAAGGAAGCAACCGAAAACGACUGUCAUCUUACAAUUAUAUCUGACGGCAUAGCGUACAAUGAUCUCUUGGAUGUAUCUGACAGCGAAGUGUGGACAUAUGGCCAGACUUUACGCUCAAUGGCCCACGAAUUGGGAUGCAGCAACAUACGAUUCUCACGCAUGUAUCAGCUAUUGGGGUCAGAAUACAGCCAUCUUAGCACAUUGACAGAGGAGCAAUAUCUUGAAAUGGUUCCUGAAUUUCGAAAAGGUCUCGAAAGCAACCUCCCUGACGGAUACAAUGUCUCCGAAGAAAUCUCAAAGAACGCAGAUGUGAACGCUACAUAUUGCGGGUACAAGAAAUUUUUGGAAACCGAACGAGACAUCAAGCUUGGCCGCUCAAGGGCUGAUAAAGAGAAUGCUGAUCUUGCCAAACGGAUGUUGAAUCGCGGUAAAGCUUUUGCUGAAGCUAUCAAAAAGAGAUUUCCAGUCUCUGUCCGUUUAUCGAUUCAUCCAUCUACCGAUGUUAAUAAAAUCUCCAUUGCGCUGCUUCCUCAGGAUAAUGAGGUGCCCAUGACUCCCUGGCACGGUGCCGUGGUACGCAAGGUUGACGGCACUAUUACUAUGAUGCAUGCCCAUAAAGUCCAGGCUGUGUCCCAUGAGCUUGUGUACCAGAAUGGCCGCCCCAUGUACUUCAGAGAGCGAUCUGAUCUGUUCUCAUGGAAUGGAAAGGAUGUGGACUUUGAGUAUCUCUAUCCAACGGGCCUAAUCGUCCGACCGCGAGACAUCGGAUCUGCCAAGAACGCGCUCUGCACGGUCGACAUGCAAAAGGUCCGCAAAUUGUCUGAAUUAUGCUCCCCGGUUUGCCUUCGCGGCUUCACCGAUACCACAGACCGUCGGGCUUUCACUGCCAAAGCGUAUGAUCUCGGCGAGGUUUUGCCUUGGGAGUUUGGCGUGAUCCAGGAAGUCAAAGAUAAGGGGGGAAAGCCAGAUCGCACCACUAACAGCGUCCAAUCCAGAGAGGCCAUGCCUAUGCAUUUCGAUGGCGUUUUCAAGCUGAAGACUAUCAUAGAUGAGGAGACAGGCGAGGAGAAGCAGGUUUCUGACGCUCCGCUGUUUCAGUACUUUGUUUGCCAGGAAGCUGCGCCUGCAGGUGAUGGCUACACGCUCUUUGCCUCUUCUAAUCGGUUCGUGAACUACUUGCCACAGUCUUACAACAUCAAGAAACUAUCCAAGAUUCGCUGGAGCAGUCACAGCCACGGUUACUUCCAGAUUGACUUGACAAACACGCGUCUGAUUGAGCCGCACCCCUCGCUGGGAACGCCAUGCGUACGCUGGCUCCAGCCGUGGCCUCGGUGGAAGACGGCUUACAACUCCCAUGACGUUAGCAUUGAUAACGGGUCGCAGAAUCUUGUUUCUCUGAUUGACUCCAUUCUGUUUGAUCGUCGCGUUUGCCUUUACUUCACUUGGGAAAAGGGCGACAUUGUGGUAUCUGACAACUAUUCGACGCUGCACACGCGUACUGCAUUCAAAGGAGAUUGUGACCGUGAGCUGUGGCGUAUUCACAUUGGAUAA